CUUCGACUCCUCACACUUGGGUUGUCAACUUGGACACUGCUUGAGCAAGUUGAUUUCAACGGCCGUACGUGGAUUCUGUUCUACUGACAUUGACUUCUCGGUGCCUCUUUUGUUUCUCUCUCCCAAGAAUGAUGGAGUGCUCGGCUCCAUUAUCGCCCACCAAUCCGCCAUCUUCCGUUCUCUGAGAUAUGGACCAACAGGGCGCCGACGGCGUUCUACCGAAUCUGUCAAUUAUCCCCUAUGACACAAACCGAGACAUCGUGCUUCGGCACGCAGACACCAUUGUCUAUCGAGAUCCACGAACGAAUCAAUUGGUCCCCUUCCACCACAACCGAGCGGUCGAACGACGACCGUCCGACUGCCCAACAUGCGGUCGGCCCUGGCACGCCCAGGCCAGGUCGUCCAGUCAGGACGCCGGCAGCGGUCCGCGGGAAGACCAACCGAGUUUCAUCACCCAGGAUUAUUUCGAGAUGCUCGCUCGAAGUCUUCCCGGUUCGAACCAGACUUCGGCGCCGCCCUCGCCGAGACGUCGCAUGGUACAGCCGGUGCGGUCGCGACUGGGUCCCUCGUCUCCGGUCGUAGCCAACCCGCCCGCCAACGCCGAAUUCGUGGCGAGCGCGCCCGUGCCGCCGUCACAGGCUCACGGCAUCUCGGAGACGGCAUUCUCGCCCAACUAUUUUGAGAAAUUCUUCGUCGAGGAUCGGGAACUCGGCCGGGGCGGGCGGGGCGUCGUCCUGCUGGUCAAGCACGUGCUGGACGGUGUCAACCUGGGCUGUUUCGCGUGCAAACGGGUCCCCAUCGGCGACGACCACGCCUGGCUCGAAAAGGUGCUCGUCGAGGUGCAGCUGCUGCAAGGCCUGUCCCACCAGAACCUCGUCUCGUACCGGCACGUCUGGCUCGAGGACUACCAGAUCAGCACCUUCGGCCCGAGCGUCCCCUGCGCCUUCAUCCUGCAGCAAUAUUGCAACGGGGGGGACAUGCACAACUACGUCCUCGGGUCGGCCCAGGCGGCCACGACGACCCAGGAGCUCAAGGAGCGGAUCCGUCGGCGCUCCAAGGGGGAGACCGAACUGCCCCGCCGCCCGAACGAGCCCAAGAAACUGCCCUUUGACGAGAUCUACAACUUUUUCCGGGACAUCACGUCGGGCCUGCGGUUUCUGCACCACAGCGGGUUCAUCCACCGGGACCUCAAACCCAGCAACUGCCUGCUGCACACGGCGGGCGGCGAGACGAGGGUCCUGGUCAGUGACUUUGGCGAGGUGCAGUACGAGUACGCGACCCGCAAGUCCACGGGGGCCACGGGCACCAUCUCCUACUGUGCGCCCGAGGUGCUGAGGCGCCUCUCCCCCGGAGGCCCCUACCAAAACUUCACGUCCAAGUCGGACAUCUUCUCCCUCGGCAUGAUCCUGCACUUUUUGUGCUUCGCCACCUUGCCGUACAACUGCUCCGACGUGCUGCACGAGGAACGCGAGGACGUCGACUCGCUGCGCGCCGAGAUCCUGGGCUGGGAGGGCUUCCACGACGACCAACGCAAAAGGCGGCCCGACCUGCCCGCCGCCCUGUACACCUUUCUCAGGCGCCUCUUGUCGCUGGACCCGGAGCUGCGUCCCAGCGCGGACGACGUCCUGCAGGUCGUCUCCUCGGGACGACUCGACGACAUCCCCGCCGUGAGGAGGCGAGGGUCCAUGGAACCCGAAGAGCUCACGCCCGGGCGGAGGAUCCAAAAAAUCGACACCCCUCAAAAGGGAAACUCCCCUUCACGUGGCGUCGGCCACGGGGUCGGUAGCGGUGGUCACGAUCUAGCUCCCAAGUCUCCGAGGGCGAGGUUCCGUCAUCAUCAAAACAUGUCCGGUUCUCCUGAACGGUUGAUCAACAAAAACAAAAGGUCGAGGAGGAGAGAAAAAAGUGACCCAUCGAAUCCAUUGCGAUCCAGUAGCAGCGGCAGUGAUAGCGACGACGACGACGACGACGGUGACGACGGGGGCGCCAUCUCACCCAUCCAGCCACAUCGAUUGCUACUCGAACCUCCCACUCCGAUCGACGAGGACGACGUGCGUGGGCGGUGGGGUCACGGUCCGUCGGAUUCUUGGGUCCGUCGUCUCUCUGUCGUCCUCGACAGACCCAUCACCGCCCCUUCGACCCGACUCCUCGUGCUGGGCCUCAAGUUGCUCUCGACCUUGCAACCUUGCAUGUCCUACGGCAUGAACGCCUCGGUGGUCUACCCCUUGAUCUGUCUGGCCCUGCUCGAGUUCGCCGUGCCCGACAUUCGCGUCUGGAAGGCCGGGGUCGUCAUGGCGGUACAUUUUGUCGUUUUGGCGUUUGCCAUCAGGACGGACACGUUGUGCGCUGUCGGUGUCGGUGUGGGUGGUGGUGGUACUGUUGGCGGUAGUAGUUACUGACGUUGUAAUAAACCAAAAAGGAGAGAAACCAAAAAAAAACAAAAAAUCAUCAAAAAUCAUCAUUGGUGACAAGUGACAAUUCUUCCUUGCAAAAAACUAAUAUCUAACCCUAGUACGGAGAUGAUAUGCUUGCUGGUGUCGUUUGGACCAACCCGCCUGGUGACUUGAGCCGCAAUACUGCAGUA